CACCUCUCUCUCUCUCUCUCUUUCUGCCAACACCCACGCAAGGAAGUGGUUACAUUUUUUUCCCCUCUGAGGCGAAAAGGGAAGUCCAAGAGAGAGCCCUGCCUUGACUUCUGCGUUUCCUUUGAGGCCGGCUCAGCUGGGUGGCCGUUCAUGUCGACUGCUCAGAGUCCAUGAACUAAGCGGCCCUCCUUUUUCCAGACCGCGGUGUGUGGAAGACGAGAGCCUCCGUUUUGUUUCCUCUCUCGUUCCCUUCGAGGUUGAGACGUCAUGGCUUACCAAAGCUUCCUGCUGGAGCCCAUCAGUUGCCACGCCUGGAACAAGGACAAAACACAACUGGCCAUCUGUCCUAACAACCACGAAGUUCACAUCUACAAGAAAGACGGGGCGAAGUGGAGCAAAGUCCACGAGCUGAAGGAACACAAUGGACAGGUGACAGGCAUUGACUGGGCCCCUGACAGCAACCGCAUCGUGACCUGUGGCACAGACCGCAACGCCUACGUCUGGACGCUCAAGAGCAAUGUCUGGAAGCCCACGCUGGUCAUCCUGAGGAUCAACCGGGCUGCUCGCUGCGUGAAGUGGUCUCCGAAAGAGAACAAGUUUGCUGUCGGCAGCGGCUCCCGCCUCAUCUCCAUCUGCUACUUUGAGCAAGAGAACGACUGGUGGGUUUGUAAACAUAUCAAGAAGCCCAUUCGAUCGACCAUCCUCAGCUUGGACUGGCAUCCCAACAACGUCCUUUUGGCGGCCGGAUCCUGUGAUUUCAAAUGCAGGAUUUUCUCGGCCUACAUCAAAGAAGUUGAGGAGCGUCCAUCGCCCACCCCCUGGGGAUCCAAAAUGCCCUUUGGGGAGCUCAUGUUCGAAUCCAGCAGCAGCUGCGGCUGGGUCCACAGCAUCUGCUUCUCCGAGAGUGGCAGCCGCGUGGCCUGGGUGGGACACGACAGCACCAUCUGCCUUGCGGACGCCAACAAGAAAAUGGCCGUGGCCUGCCUGUCCACAGAGACGCUGCCUCUCCUGGCUGUGACCUUCAUCACUGAGAACAGCCUGGUGGCCGCGGGCCAUGACUGCUACCCAAUGCUGUUCACGUACGAGGAGCAGCAGAGUGUGCUGACUUUCGGGGGGAAGCUGGACAUCCCCAAACAGAGCUCCCAGCGCGGCCUCACCGCUCGCGAGCGCUUCCAGAACCUGGAUAAGAAGGCCAGCUCUGACACCAACAAUGCCACCCUGGACACGCUCCACAAGAACAGCAUCAGCCAAAUCUCUCUGAUUGCUGGCGGGAAAGGCAAUUGCUCCAAGUUCUGCACUACAGGAAUGGAUGGGGGUAUGAGCAUCUGGGAUAUCAAGAGCUUGGAGUCGGCGAUGAAGGGUCUUCGCAUUAAGUGAAAAGGACGCUCCUUCUCCCUGCCUACCCACGUAGCCUCCUUAGCUGCCACUGUGGCUCACUUUCUUCCUGCAGUUCAACACACCGAUGAAGACGAUUUCAGCAGCUACAACUUUGCAGUUUCUCUGUGCCUCAUAAGCAAAGGGAUGUGCGGGGAUUUUUUAUAUAUAUAUACGCGUCUGUACUGUGCUUAAUAAAUGACACAGAUAUGCUGGUCAUAAUUAGCUAAGGAAAA